UCGGCGUGAGGAGAGCGGCACCGCCGCCGGUGCCGGCUGACAGUUGCGCUGCGGACGGUUCUUUGUGAGGCGAGCGGAGCAGAGGGACGAGCGGCGCCGCACGGGUGGUGCUGCCGCGCUGGCCCCGGUGAGUUGUAUCCGCACCGUCUCCGGGUAGCGCGCUGCGUCUGACAGAUUAGUGAGCCCGCCCGUGCACGCGGGGCUGGGGCUGAAGGGAAAAAAAUCUACAGGUGUGUUUUUGUCACACUUCUACUCCAUUGGGAUUCUCUUCAGUAAGCCCUGAGCAUGCUGAUGGAAAGCAUCAAACACGACAUCAUGGCAGCCCAUCAGGAGAAAAAAUCUUCUGAAGAAAGAAAACACAAAAGCAUCAAAAAUGAUACACAAACGUCUCAGGUCCAGUGGGGAAGAGCAUGGGAGGUGGACUGGUUUUCCUUGGCAAGCAUCCUUUUCCUGCUCAUGUUUGCACCACUUAUUGUAUACUACUUCAUAAUGUCCUGUGACCAGUACCAGUGCUCUCUGCUUGAUCCACUCGUUGACUUGAUCACGGGGAAUAAACAUCUGUCUGACAUCUGGAACAAGACUCCUACACUGACCUAUAGGGCUGCUGGCAUCUACACCCUUUGGGUCGCUUUCCAGGUAUUUUUGUAUUUGUGCAUUCCUGAUUUCUGCCACAAAUUUAUUCCUGGAUAUGUAGGAGGUGUACAAGAAGGUGCUGUCACCCCCGCUGGUGUUGUGAACAUGUAUGAAAUCAAUGGCCUUCAGGCUUGGAUCAUAACCCAUGUGCUUUGGUUUGCAAAUGCCUAUUACUUCCACUGGUUCUCACCUACCAUCAUUUUUGAUAACUGGAUUCCUCUCUUGUGGUGUGCCAAUGUCCUGGGAUACGCAGUUUCCACAUUUGCAAUGAUUAAAAGCUACUUUUUCCCUUCCAACGCCAAAGAUUGCAAAUUCACUGGCAACUUCUUCUAUGACUACAUGAUGGGGAUUGAAUUUAACCCUCGAAUAGGAAAAUGGUUUGAUUUUAAGCUAUUCUUCAAUGGACGCCCUGGUAUUGUAGCCUGGACUCUGAUUAACCUUUCCUAUGCUGCUAAACAACAGGAGCUGUAUGGUCAAGUAACCAAUUCUAUGAUCCUUGUCAACGUUCUUCAGGGUAUUUAUGUUGUGGACUUCUUCUGGAAUGAAGCCUGGUAUUUGAAAACCAUUGAUAUCUGCCAUGAUCACUUUGGAUGGUACUUGGGCUGGGGAGACUGUGUUUGGUUGCCUUACCUCUAUACUUUGCAGGGUUUGUAUUUGGUUUACCACCCUGUCCAGCUGUGCACAGCUAAUGCCAUAGGGAUCUUGAUGUUGGGCUUGAUUGGCUAUUACAUCUUCAGGAUGACCAACCACCAGAAGGACCUCUUCCGUCGGACAAAUGGCAACUGCAAGAUAUGGGGGAAGAAACCAGAGUAUAUCGAGUGCUCCUACAUGUCUGUGGAUGGGACCAAGUACUACAGCAAACUGAUGACCUCUGGGUUCUGGGGCUGGGCACGUCAUUUUAACUACACAGGAGAUUUGAUGGGCUCCCUGGCCUAUUGCCUGGCUUGUGGGUUUGAACACAUCUUGCCUUACUUCUAUAUUGUUUAUAUGACUAUCCUGCUUACCCAUCGCUGCAUCAGGGAUGAACACCGAUGUUUCAGCAAGUAUGGGAAGGACUGGAAGCGCUACACUGCCGCGGUGCCUUACCGCCUCCUGCCAGGGAUAUUUUAAAGCUAACACAGAAUCCAGGGGAAAGGAAAACAGAAAACCUUUUUUUUUUUUUUUUUUUGAGGUGCAGAGAGUUUUAUCCACACAGUUAAAGUAACAAAAACAUUUUAUGAAGGAUGGUCACACUGUUCUGAAGGAUGAAAGGUGGCUGGACAAUAAUCCUUGCUGUACUGAAGGAGCAUGCAGGCAGACUGUAUUUCAAGUCAAUUUGUGCACCAAUGCACUGAAAUGUCCUGUUUUUUAGAAGACUCUUUUACCUGGAACUUUUGUAACUUUCCUUUCUCAAAAUUAAGUUGGAAUUGAAGAAUAGUUGCAUGUAUUGACAGUCCUGAUAUCUCCCAAAGCUGGGAGGAGGCCUUAUCCUUCAGAGCAGGAGGGUUUUGGAACCAGUUGCCAGUGACUUAAGAAAGGAGAAAAAUAGUUGCGUGAUCUGUUUAUGAAAGUUGCAUGAUAUGGUUGCUUGUGACAGUAAUAACCUACAGUUAACAACUCCCCAGAAGAAGUUUUAAUGCUUGUAGCUUUUCCAGAGGUUAACUGGGGAGAUAUAACUGGGGACAUACUGAGCUGGGGAACCUAAUCCUCAAGUGGUGUGUGGGAAGAUUGUUAUAAUCCAAAUGUGAAAGCUGAUAAAAAUUGGUAUAGCUCAAAAGUUCCGUUAGUUUACAGCACCUGACCAUAUGGUGCAUGACCAGCUGAGUACUCUUUUGGUAUUGAAACAAGACUUGCUUUGCAAAGAUGCUAAGCACACAUUGAUUUAUUUAGUGUGGAUAGAAAACUUGGUUCUCUAUCAUCUGUAUGAAAUCAUGUUUGUAAAAAUUUAAGAAAUAAACUCUUGGCUUCAAGUGGAGUAAAACAUAC